UACAAAUUUUGGUUUUACUCCAUUGACUUUUACUUGACAUACAGUUUGUAACUUUCUUAAGAUACUUCAUGAAGGAAUUGAUGCGAGUCUCACUGAAUCAGAAAUGUCCGGUAAUUUCAUAAGUGGGACCUGUGGCAUUUGGUAUCACGUCCUUCAAAGGUACAAUGCAGCUAAUUCGAAUUCGGCGGCAACAGCUGAUGUCUUCUUUGUUGUCGGACAAGCAGGGUAUUCGAAAUUUCCGACAAGCCUGUCUCUGGUUGCCGAACUAGUACCAACCACAACUGAUGACUAUAAAAGUAAAUGCACUGUUACCGGUGAACUUUCUGGAUUGAUCUUAGGAUAUACUCUUAUUAUAACGGAUGCCGGAGGCCAAAUUGCAGAGGCUGAACUCCUCGAUCUUGUUACUUGUUACGCUGAUUAUGCUUGUGACUCGCUACCAAAGGCUUUUGAAUGUCAAAAUGGAGUGGUAACACUGGAAGGAAAUACUCCUUCAUGUACCUGCAACGAAGGAUGGGUCGGGCCGACUUGUAAAUAUCCAGCUUGCUGAAGUUCAUGAAAGAAGCUCCAGAUGGGAAGAUUUAAUUUAUUAAAUAGUCCAUUAGUAGUGUGUUAUUUUCUCGUCCUAAUAUGUAAUGUGAAUCUCAUAUUCUUUAGUAACAGCUCGGUAGUUCAUGCAGGCAAACUCGGUUCCUACCAGAAUUCCAUCACAAUGC